CUUCCACUAGCUCUUAAACUUUUGGGAUGCUUAGUGUACAAGAGAGAUCAAGAUCAAUGGAAAAGUGAAUUGGAUAAGCUGGGGAAAAUUCCUAAGUCAGAAAUUAUUGAUUUGCUCAAAAUAAGUUAUGAUGGACUAGAUGAGAUGAACAAGGAUAUACUUCUUGAUGUUGCAUUUUUCCAUACGGGGAAGGAAAAGGAGGAAGUAAUUAAAAUACUAGCCAGUUGUGGCCUAUGUGGUUGUGUUGGGAUAAAUGAUCUCGUUCAGAAAUCACUCUUAACUAUAUCAAAUAGGAAUGUUGAGAUGCAUGAUUUGAUACAAGAAAUGGCAUUGGAAAUUGUUCGUCGAGAGUGUCCUGAAGAGCCUGGUAGACGAAGUCGGUUGUGCAAUCAUGAUGAUAUCUCUCGUGUAUUCAUAAACAAUACGGCAACGGACAAAAUUAAAGGCAUCAGAUUACGCAUGGCGACACUUGAAAUGGCAAAUUGGAAUUGUGAAGCCUUGUCUAAGAUGCUUAACCUGAAAUUUCUUGAAUUGGACAAUGUGAUCAUUUCUUCAAGCCCCAGAAUUCUUCCUAAUUCCUUGAGAAGUAUCAAAUGGAGUUCGUAUCCUUCCGAGUUUCUGCCAUCAGGUUUUCAACCGAAUUUCCUUAUUGCACUUGAGAUGCCUAAGAGCAAACUUGUUCGGCUUUGGGAUGGAAGAAUGGACUUUCCCAAAUUGAAAAAAAUGAACCUUUCUUACUCUGAAAAGUUGACCUCAACCCCGGAUUUCAGUGGCAUUCCGAAUCUUGAGGUGUUGUAUUUUGGAAGUUGUACGAAUUUGGUUGAGAUUCGCACGUCAAUUGCAGAUCUCAAAUGUCUUAUACGAUUGGAGCUUAGUUAUUGCUCAAAAUUGAAAAAGAUUCCAGAAUUUUCAGGGCAAAUGAAAAAUUUGUCAAAUCUUAGUUUACAAGGGACGUCCAUUGAGAAAUUACCUUCAUCAAUAGGAUGUUUGGUUGGCCUUACUUUUCUGCGUCUAAAUGAUUGCAAGAAUCUCGCGGGUCUUCCGAGUGAAAUUUGUAAUUUGAAGUCUCUUAAAAGGCUCUGGGUGUUUGGAUGCUCAAAAAUUGACAAACUCCCAGAGAACAUGGGGGAGAUGGAGUCUCUUACAAGGCUUGACUUGUGUGGAACUUCUAUAAGACAGCUGCCACGCUCUGUUGUUGGUUUGAAAAAACUAGACUCGCUAGUUUUGGGUAGACGUGGAUCACAGCCUAAUAAAUCAAGGUUUUGGUCGGGCCUUUCCAGUUUAUAUCGAAACAGAAAUGGUUUUGUGUUAAGUUCGUUAGAUGAUUUAUUGUUUUUGAAGUAUUUGAAUCUGAGUAAUCGUGGACUUUGUGAAGGGGAUCUUCCCAGUUAUAUUGGCUGCUUGUCCUCUUUAGAAGGAUUAGAGCUUAGUGGAAACAAUUUUGUUAGCCUUCCUGCAAGCAUUGGCUGCUUGUCCUCUUUAGAAUCAUUUCAGCUUAGUGGAAACAAUUUUGUUAGCCUUCCUGCAAGCAUUGGAUGUCUUUCUAAGCUUCAGUUAUUUUGGGUGAAUGGGUGCCAAAGGCUUGAACAAUUGCCAGAUCUUUCUAAGCUGAUCUCAUUAGUGAAUAUAGACAUAGCCGGUUGCACUUCCUUAAAAAUGUUACCACAUCUUUCGUCAAAUUUCUCAUUAAACGAAGAAGUUUCUUGUAUGUUUAAUUGUGCCAAUUGCUUUGUCUUGGUUGACAAUGAAGGCUGCGAUAGUAUAAUACUGAAAAUGCUACAGCGAUACCUUCAGCUUCAGCUUCAGCAAAUCCCUAUGCCUUAUGAGCAAUACGAAUUCGAAAUUGUAACUCCUGGAAGGAAAAUUCCAGAGUGGUUCAGUAAUCAAAGUUUGGGAGAUUCCCUUGUUGUAAAAUUGGCUCACAUUUAGUAUGCAAGCGAAGGAGUGAGCGACCGGUCGCAAGGUUUGGGCGACCGGUCGUUUAGAAGCAGAUUCGAAGUC